UCCCAUCUCGCCGGCGAGCCCAGACACAAACACGCCACCCUCCACCAUCAUUCGUCUAGGACCGACGGGGGAGCCAGUAGAUCGAUCAUGGAGAGAAGAUCUCCUCAGCCAUCUCCGCCCCCUGUUUCCUCCCCUCCGUCGUCGUCCUCGUCCUCCUCCUCCUCCAUCUCCAUCGAGGAAAUUCCUACCCGCAAGAGGGCCAGGACCCAGGCCAAGGGCGCCGACAAGCCCAAGAGGCCCCGCAAAGAGGCGCCCCGCCAGACCCAGAGCAAGGAGGACCCCGCCGAUCCUGCUCCCAAUGCCGCCGCCGCCGCCAGCGGCAAGAGGAGCUCCGUCUACAGGGGAGUCACCAGGCACAGGUGGACUGGCAGGUUCGAGGCCCAUCUCUGGGACAAGCACUGCCUCACCUCCCUCCAGAACAAGAAGAAAGGCAGGCAAGUCUAUUUGGGGGCCUAUGAUACUGAGGAGGCAGCUGCUCGUGCAUAUGACCUUGCAGCUCUCAAAUACUGGGGUCCUGAAACAGUCCUGAAUUUCCCAGCGGAGGAUUACUCGGGCGAGAUGUCUGAGAUGGAGGGGGCGUCGCGGGAGGAGUACCUGGCCUCCCUCCGCCGCCGGAGCAGCGGCUUCUCCAGAGGGGUCUCCAAGUACAGAGGCGUCGCCAGGCAUCACCACAACGGGAGGUGGGAGGCGCGGAUUGGGCGAGUCUUUGGGAACAAGUACCUCUACUUAGGAACAUUCGACACUCAAGAGGAGGCAGCCAAGGCCUAUGAUCUUGCAGCCAUUGAAUACCGAGGUGCCAAUGCUGUAACCAACUUUGACAUUAGCUGCUACCUGGACCACCCGCUGUUACUGGCGCAGCUCCAGCAGGAGCCACAAGUGGUGCCAGCACUCAACCAAGAACCUCAACCUGACCAGAGUGAAACUACAGUCCAAGAGUCUGAUUCAAGUGAAGCGAAGACACCUGAUGACGUUGCAGAGCCUGACGAUAAUGCAGAGCCUGAUGCUAAUGCACAGCCUGGUGACAAUGCAGAGCCCCUCACAGUCGACGCUGUCAUCGAAGAGAGCUUAUGGAGCCCUUGCAUGGAUUACGAGCUGGAUAUCAUGUCAAGAUCUAACUUUGGCAGCUCAAUCAACCUGAGCGAGUGGUUCACUGAUGCGGACUUUGGCAGCGACAUUGGGUGCCUGUUCGAUGGGUGUUCUGCAGUUGAUGAAGGCAGCAAGGAUGGUGUAGGUCUGGCAGAUUUCAGCUUUUUUGAAGAAGGUGAUGGUAAGCAAAAGGAUGUUAUUUCAGAUAUGGAAGAGGGAAUACAUCCUUCAACAAUGAUCAGUGUGUGCAAUUGAUCCUGAGUCGGAUCCGAGAUAUCCAAGGAGGUUUUCACUUUUCAGGCGUCCUUUCUUGGGUAUACUUGAUUUGUCCAAUGCCAUAAUGCCACUACUGCAAAGAAGCUGAACUUCUUGUAGAGAGCCCCAUAGCAUUUAGCAUGGCAUUAGACAAAUGUGUUAAUGUUCUUUGAUUCUUUGAAUUUGCUCCAGGCUGCUUGACUAA